CCGAGGCUGGGGCUUUCGCGGCAGGCGGAGGCUGGGGCUCCCGCAGCUCACUUGAGAGGAGACUAGUUCGCAAAGAUUGACCGACGCUAUGAGCUCCUUCGAGGGUCAGAUGGCAGAGUAUCCAACCAUCUCCAUAGACCGCUUCGACAGGGAGAACCUGAGGGCCCGUGCCUACUUCCUGUCCCACUGCCACAAAGAUCAUAUGAAAGGAUUAAGAGCCCCUAGCUUGAAAAGAAGGUUGGAAUGCAGCUUGAAGGUUUGCUUAUACUGUUCACCUGUUACUAAAGAGUUGUUGUUAACGAGCCCGAAGUACAGGUUUUGGGAGAAACGAAUUGUAUCAAUUGAAAUUGAAACUCCUACCCAGAUAUCUUUAGUCGAUGAAGCAUCAGGCGAGAAGGAAGAGAUUGUUGUGACUCUUUUACCUGCUGGUCAUUGCCCAGGAUCAGUUAUGUUUUUAUUUCAGGGCAACAAUGGUACUGUCUUGUACACAGGAGACUUCAGAUUGGCUAAAGGAGAAGCUGCCAGAAUGGAGCUUCUGCACUCUGGGGGCAGAGUGAAAGACAUCCAGAGUGUGUACUUAGACACAACUUUCUGCGACCCAAAAUACUAUCAAAUUCCUAGUCGGGAGGAGUGUCUGCGUGGAAUCCUGGAGCUGGUCCGAAGCUGGAUCUCACGGAGCCCCUACCACGUGGUGUGGCUGAACUGCAAGGCUGCCUAUGGUUACGAGUAUCUUUUCACCAACCUCAGCGAGGAGUUUGGACUCCAGGUUCACGUGGAUAAACUAGACAUGUUUCGAAACAUGCCUGACAUUCUCCAUCAUCUGACAACAGACCGUGACACCCAGAUCCAUGCGUGUCGACACCCAAAGGCAGAGGAAUAUUUUCAGUGGAAUAAGUUACCAUGUGGCAUUACUUCCAAAAAUAGAAUUCCACUCCACACAAUCAGCAUUAAGCCAUCUACCAUGUGGUUUGGAGAAAGAACCAGAAAAACCAACAUCAUUGUGAGGACUGGAGAGAGUUCCUACAGAGCCUGCUUUUCUUUUCAUUCCUCCUACAGCGAGAUUAAAGAUUUCUUGAGCUACAUCUGUCCUGUGAAUGUCUAUCCAAAUGUCAUCCCAUUAGGCACAACUAUGGAUAAAGUUAAAGAAAUCUUAAAGCCUUUAUGCCGAUCUUCCCAAAGUACUGAGCCCAAGUAUAAACCACUUGGAAAACUGAAGAGAGCUAGAACAAUCCACCUAGACUCAGAGGAGGAAGAUGACGAUGGUCUCUUUGAUGAUCUUCUGCCAGCACCUUUAAGGCACAAGGUUCCAAGCCAGCAGACUCUACACCCUGAGGUAUUUCCCACACCUGCUAUAUCUCAAAACCAGCCUGAAAAAUGGAGAGAAAGCACAGGAUGCUUCAAAGCAGAGAGUAUGCCAACGUUCCUUUGGGCAAACUUUAUAGAUUGUGAGGAAUCCAACAGUGAAAGUGAAGAAUCAGAAAUUCCAGGAUCAGCUCAAGGAGACACAGGUCCCAUCCUCCAGCCCCAGCAGAGGGCCGAUGGGGAAGUACCGCAGUGGGAAGUGUUCUUUAAAAGAGAUGCUGAAGGCACAGACGACUGUUUGGAAAACCUCCCGUCUUCCACAGAGGCGGGGGGCUCCCAGUCCCCGAAGCUUUUCAGUGAUUCUGAUGGGGAGUCAACGCACAUUUCUUCCCAGGCCUCCUCUCAGUCAACACACAUAUCGGAACAAGGAAGUCAAGGUUGGGACAGCCAAUCGGACACUGUUCUGUUAUCUUCCCAGGACAGAAACAGUGGGGAUGUUACUUCCUUGAACAAAGGGGUCUAUAGGCCAGGAAUCAAAGAGAAUAUUCCUGCCCCUCAGCCAGAACAAAAUGUACUUUGCCUAAAGGACACUUACUCGGAUUUCAAAAGCAGAGAUCAAGAUGUAAAUAUAGUUCCUAGUGCUGGAGAAACCACCACUCUAAGCAGUGGGAAACAGAUGCUUCAGGAGAAAAGGCCAUUGACUCUUAGCAGCAGUGCGGAUUCACAAAGCUCCUCUGAUUUUGAAAUUCCUUGCACUCCAGAAGCUGAGCUUCCUAAACAAGAACACUUACAGUAUUUAUAUGAGAAGUUGGCAACAGGGGAGAGUAUAGUGGUUGAAAAAAGAAAAGGCUCAUUUCAUUCUAGAGCAACCACUAAAAAAUCUAUACUAACAGAUACCAGUCAAAAUUAUAAUAGAUAAAAAUGGAAUACUUAGAAAUGAUCCUAUUACCUAAAAGGUGGCAGUAAAGAGGAAAUGGAUGACCGAAAAA